AAAACGAGAGACGAGUGGAAGUUCUGAAAAUUAAUUAAUAAUAAGAUUUAAGCAACUAUGCCAUCGUGCUCGCCGCUGCGAUACGCUCACAGCGAGGGAUUAACAAGUCUUUGUUAUGAUGAUAAGGGAAAGUAUAUUUUGACCUGUGGUUCUGAUGGAGAUGUCAGAAUAUGGGAGGGGGCGGAGGAUGAUGAUGCAAUCUCCCAUCGAACUGGAGACAAAGCCUUCAGUGUCGCAUUCAAGAAUAACAAGUUUUAUGUUGCUACUGACACAAACACGGUACAAGCGUUUACUUUCCCCGAUGGUUCUACAGAUGGUAUCGUGGCCAGAUUUACUGCCCCCGUCAACCACAUCAGUGUAAACCAAAAAGGAACAACUUUGAUCGCAGGGUCAAGUGACUUUACAAUCAAAAUGGUCAACAUUGCAACAGGGGACACUAAGAAAUUUGAGGGACACGAGGCCCCUGUAUUGAGUGUAGCUAUGGACCCCAAAGAGGAGUUUCUGGCCUCUGCCAGUUGCGAUGGGAGUGUGCUAAUAUGGAAACUGGAAAAUCGUGAAAAAGUGAAAAAUUUGCAAAUUCUUCCUAAAGUCAGUGACGUUAGCUUGACCAAGGGAUGGUGCAGGCUAUGCUGGGAGAAGAAUGGAAAGUUCCUGUAUGUUCCAAUGGAGAAAGAAAUCCACAUCUAUGACAGAGGUACCUGGACAAAAACAGGAUCUUUACAGGACAGUCAAUUUUCUGGGGUGUAUUCAGUGCUGGAUAUCUCACCUGAAGGCGAUUACCUGGCAGCAGGAAGUUAUGAUGGACAAAUUCUGAUUUAUAACUUACAAACCAAAACCUGUGUGGACAGAUUCAAACAUGAGAGUGGCCUGUCUAUAAUGUCUUUGGCUUGGAAUCCCAGCAAUCAGACAGAAAUAGCAUUCUGUGAUAGAGAGGGUCAACUUGGACUUCUCAGUGAAAUUGAACUGAAAGGAGGAAACCAGCCUGCUGGUGAACUCCGUGUGAAGGAAACAAUGGGGAUCUUUGAAGAUGAUGACGACACAGAUUUAGUCUUGGCCACGCAGGAGCCGAGUAAAGAAGAGGAUUUUAACGAAGACAGCAAUGAUUCAGCUCCCGUCAGUGCCCUCAAACCUCUAGAUGAUGAUUUGAUGUCGGAGGAUGGUGACGUACAGCCAGUGACACCGGCCCCAGUGGUGAUAGAGAGACCAGGCUUUACACCUACACGUCCACAACCUGCCUUCCAGCCCGGAUCCACCCCUGUCCAUCUCUCCAGCAGAUUCAUGAUGUGGAAUGCAGUGGGGAUCAUUAAGCAGUUUAAUACGGAGGAGGAGGAAUCUAUAGACAUUGAGUUCCAUAAUACGGCCGUACAUCACGCCAUGCAUCUAACGAACUCGGCAGGGUACACCAUGGCUGAUGUCUCCACAGAGGCUGUAGUGCUCGCCUGUCCCAGUGAUGAUUCAGCACCAAGUAAAUUGACUUGUAUGCACUUUGGAUCGUGGGAUAAUUCUAAAGAGUGGAGCAUUCCUAUGGAUGAUGGAGAAGAAAUAAUGGCAGUGACAGUUGGAGAAGACUGGAUUGCAGUGGCCACUUCAGAAAGGUCUGUGAGAAUCUUCUCACUGGGGGGCCUACAGAGGGACAUUUUCUCCAUUCCUGGCCCUGUGGUGUGCCUCUCGGCUCACACAAAUCAGCUCCUCAUUGUAUACCACAGAGGAAUGGGUUUGCCAGGAGAUCAGUGUCUUGGUGUACACCUUAUGACAGUGGAGGGUGCUACUCAGAUCAAUCACCAGCCCCUGCCUCUGUCUGGCAAAAGCACGCUGGCUUGGAUGGGGUUUUCAGCCGAGGGUACUCCUUUUUAUAUGGAUUCCGAUGGAAUUGUCAGAAUGUGUAAUAGGAAGUUCGGGAUGAGUUGGGUACAAGUAGCCGACACCAAAUCACAUACCAAAGGGAAGUCAGAUAACUACUGGAUUGUUAGUGUUCAUGAGAACCCCCAGCAACUGAGGUGUAUCCCGUGUAAGGGGUCGCGGUUCCCUCCUGUCCUUCCCCGCCCGGCGGUGGCUAUCCUCCCUUUCCAGCUGCCACUCUGUCAGAUGAGUACCGAAAAGAGCCAGUAUGAGGAAAUAUUCCACAGAACACAGCUUCUAAGCAACCAUUUACAGUUCUGGGAUACCAUUGGAUAUGAGUAUGACACAUCAGUAGCCAUGGAACUGGCUAAACCAUCUCAGGAAGCCCUAAUGAAACUUUUUGCUUUGUCAGCCAGGUCAGAGCGUGAAUUCCGUGCAUUAGAGGUGUGCGAAAUGAUGUCAGAACCUCACACCCUACAACUGGCCAUUAAGUAUGCUUGUCGCCUCAAGUACAUGCAACUGGCAGAACGCAUCAGUGAGGUGGUACAGAGGAAGUCAGCCGAACAACAGGAAGUGGAAGAAGAGGAAGUGAUGGAAAGAGUUCAAAGGUCAAGGACAAAAUUCUAAUUUUAAAAAAAUUAAAAAAAGAAGAAACAAUCAGGGAUAAGUAUUGACCUGAUGAAUAACGAUCUUUCAUUAAUUUUAGGACCCAUGUUAAAUUUGAAACCUCGAGGGAAGACAGAAGUGUUAUCGCAAUCCUACGGCUCCUCAGGAAGAUCAAAUCCAUUUAAGGUUCUUACACCACAGAAACCUGAACCAACUAAGGGCACACAAGUCUUUGACAGCAUGUCUAAAAAGAAACAGGCCAGUCCAAGUCAGGUGACCCUGAAAAAUACCAGACCAGUUAAAGCCGUCAAAAGGACUCCUCAAAACCAAGGGAAGAUAACUGCUAUGAAGCCUUCAAAAGAUGAGACAAGCAAAGACGACCAGAAAAAACCUAAGAGUGCCUUUGAUUUAUGGUUUGAGGAAGUGAAGUCCGAUCUAACAGAAGAAUUUCCAGACGUUGAUGAAGAUACUCUGGUGCAGUCAGCUGCUGAGAGAUUUCGCAAAAUUCCCAAAGAAGAAAGACAGGUAUGGAUCCAGAAAGCUAAAGAGGGUGAUAAUAAGAAGAGGAAGCGAGAAGAGGAGGAGGUCCCCCCCAGAAAGGUCAACCCCAAGCUGGCAGGCUUCGCUUUCUCUAAAGAUUAACAAUAGAACUCGACUAUCAUUUUAUAUUCUAUUUAUUAAUAAAAUUU